AUGCAUGUGUCACUGGCAGAGGCUCUGGAGGUUCGGGGGGGGCCACUGCAAGAAGAGGAGAUCUGGGCAAUUUUGAACCAGAGUGCAGAGAGCCUCCAAGAACUCUUCAGGAAAGCUGACCCCAGCACUCUGGGAUUCAUCAUUUCUCCAUGGUCUCUGCUGCUGCUCCCAUCUGGCAGUGUCUCCUUCACUGAUGAAGAUGUCUCCCAGCAAGACCUGCGAGCCUUCACAGCCCCAGAGGUGCUGCAGAACCACUCCCUGUCGUCCCUCUGCGACGUCGAGAAGGUCCAUAUUUAUUCCCUGGGUAUGGCACUCUUCUGGGGAGCUGACUAUGAAGUUCCUCAAAGCCAGCCCAUCAAGCUUGGAGAUCACCUCAACAGCAUCCUGCUUGGCAUGUGUGAAGAUGUCCUCUACGCCCGGGUGUCUGUCCGGACGGUGCUGGACGCCUGCAGUGCCCACAUAAGGAACAGUAACUGUGCUCCUUCUUUCUCCUAUGUGAAGCACUUGGUCAGGCUGGUUCUGGGGAGCCUCUCUGGGGUGGAUCAACUCUCCUGCAAUGGAGAGAGAAGGUUGCAGCCCGACAGGAGCCAGGCGAUUCGGGAGAGGCUGAGGGGAAAAGGACUUCCCACAGGAAAACCCUUGGUGGCCACUGCAGCUGAUGGGCACAGAGCUCCCUUCUGCCAGCAGCCCACACUCAACAAAGGACUCAGCAAGUCCCUGGGGUUUCUUUCCAUCAGAGGGACACAAGGGGAGGAAGAGUUCUUCCAGGGCAUCGCUGCAGAUUCCAGCUCGGGGCAGGAGGAUGUUUUCUGCCCUCAGCGGUGCGGAGGCAGCGAGCUGGGGAGGAAAGGUCACCUCCAGGCGGCUGCUGCUCCCCCCAGGCGGAAAGUGUGGGCUUCCUCCACGGACCUGCUGGCCUCCACUGAGCAGGCAGCUGAGAGGGAGCGUGCUGGGGGCUGCCAUGGGCACAGCCAUCAGUGGGAGGUGCUCCCAGCACGGACUUGUGCUGCUGCCAGGAGCAAGGAAGCCAGGUACUCCGACGGCAGCCUCGCCAUGGAUGUCUUCGGCCCUCAGAAGCUGGAGCCAGGGCGCCACGGGCCUGAGACGUCGACUGCUGCUGCCAUCUCCAGUGCCUUUGACAGGAUCAGGGAGAGGCAGAAGAAGCUGCAGCUGCUGAGGGAAGCUAUGAAUGUAGAAGAGCCCCUGAGGAGGUACAAGUCCUACCACAGCGACGUCUACAGCACUUCCAGUGAGAGCCCCUCGGUGGUUUCUUCAGAGCCAGAUUUCAGGCAAGUGAGGAGAAAUGAAGGCUUCAAGAGAGAUGAUGGCAAUGGGGCUGUGCCAGGCACUGAUGACAUCUCCACCUCAAGUCAAGCUAACUCUCAGCGGGCAAGGCCACAGGAAGCAGCCCUUGAGGGCACUCUGCUCAGUCAAGAAGCGAUGCUGAAGCGUCAGGAGGAAGAAAUGCUGCAGCUGCAAGCCAGAGUGGCCCUCAGGCAGUCCCGACCCAACCUCUACCCAGCAGAUGCAAUCAGGUCCUCAGUGCUUGACAUCACCAGAGAUCCACUCAGAGAGAUAGCCCUGGAAACAGCCAUGACACAAAGGAAACUGAGGAAUUUCUUCGGCCCCGAGUUUGUGAAGAUGACCAUUGAGCCCUUCAUCUCCUUGGACCUGCCCAAGUCCAUCUUGACUAAGAAAGGGAAGAAUGACGACAGCAGGCGCAAGGUGAACGUCAUGAUCCUGAGUGGGCAGAAGCUGGAGCUGACCUGUGACACCAAAACCAUCUGUAAAGAUGUCUUUGACAUGGUGGUUGCCCACAUUGGCUUGGUGGAGCAUCACUUAUUUGGGUUGGCUACUUUAAGAGACAAUGAGUUCUUCUUCGUUGACCCUGACCUAAAGCUGAGUAAAGUAGCUCCAGAAGGAUGGAAGGAAGAGCCAAAGAAGAAGAACAAGGCCCCUGUCAACUUCACUCUCUUCUUUCGCAUCAAGUUUUUUGUGGAUGAUGUCAGCCUGAUACAGCACACGCUGACCUGCCACCAGUAUUACCUCCAGCUGAGGAAGGACAUCCUGGAGGACAGGAUGCACUGUGAUGAUGAGACAGCCUUGUUGUUGGCAUCCCUAGCUCUGCAAGCUGAGUAUGGAGAUUACCAGGCAGAGGUGCAUGGCAUGUCCUAUUUCAGAGUGGAACACUAUGUCCCAGCCAGAGUGCUGGAGAAGCUGGAUCUGUCCUACAUCAAGGAAGAGCUGCCAAAGCUGCACAGCACUUAUGUGGGAGCCUCAGAGAAAGAGACAGAGUUAGAGUUCUUGAAGUUGUGUCAGAGACUGACAGAAUAUGGGGUUCAUCUUCACCACGUGCUGCCUGAGAAGAGGUCCCAGACAGGGAUCCUGCUGGGGGUCUGCUCCAAAGGAGUUGUCAUUUUCGAGGUCCACAACGGUGCCCGUGCCCCUGUGCUGCGCUUCCCCUGGAGGGAGACAAAGAAAAUCUCCUUCAGUAAGAAGAAAAUCACUCUGCAGAACACAUCAGAUGGUAUCAAGCAUGCAUUCCAGACUGACAACAGCAAGACUUGCCAGUACCUCCUGCAUCUCUGCUCUUCCCAGCAUAAAUUCCAACUGCAAAUGAGAACCAGGCAGAGCAACCAGGACACCCAGGACAUUGAAAGAGCCUCCUUCAGGAGCCUGAACCUUCAGGCAGACUCAGUGAAAGGCUUCAGCAUGGGCCGGGCCAUCAGCACCGGCAGCCUGGCCAGCAGCACCCUGAACCGCCUGGCCGUGCGCCCCCUCUCUGUCCAGGCAGAGAUCCUCAAGAGGCUCUCCUGCUCCGAGCUCUCCCUCUUCCAGCCCCUGCAGGGCUCUGCCAAGGACAGGAAUGAGAAGGCAUCGUGGGAGGAGAGGCCCAGGGUGAUGAGCAAAUCCUUCCACGACCUGAGUCAGAGCCACAUCUCGGUUUACCCCCCGAGGAGAAAUGUGAUUGCUGCUUUGGACUCUUCCCCCCAGAAGAUUGAAGACCUCAUGGGAAGAGUCUUUCAGCAACUGCCCAAAUUUGAGCCUGGCUUAGCAGCAGCAGCUGCAGGAGGAGGAGGAGGAGCAUCAAAGCUGAACAAUUCAAAAUCUCAUGCAGGUUUAAGUAGAAGCCCUGAAAGAAAGAAAACUGAAUCAGACUCCUCCUCCAUGGAAGAUUCCGGCCAAGCCUAUGUUGUAGGUGUCAGCAUGAGCACUCCAGGAGCUCUUCCAUCAUCCAUGCUGUCAAAAGAGAGUGAUGACUCUCUGCAAACAACACAGAGCAGAGUUGCCUCACCAGAAAGAGAGAUCACCUUGGUGAACUUGAAAAAGGAUGAGAAGCUGGGCUUAGGCUUCCAGAUCAUGGGUGGAGAGAAGACUGGGAAGCUGGACCUGGGCAUUUUUAUCCAUUCCAUUAUUCCUGGAGGCCCAGCAGACUUGGAAGGAUCUCUCAAACCAGGGCACCGCCUGAUAUCUGUCAACAGCACCAGUUUGGAAGGGGUCAGCCACCACGCGGCGCUGGAGAUCUUGGAGAGUGCUCCUCAGGAUGUGACCCUUGUUAUCUCUCAGCCCAAGCCACCCAAAGCAUCAUCUCACGCUGCACGCAGCAGCAAUGGAAGCAAGAGCUAUCUAAGGAGGCCAUCAUCAGUGCAGGACAACGAGGCAGAGUCCUCUUCAGAAGAGCGCAGCCACUCCCGUGGUCACCAGAGGCCAGGGAGCCUGUCUGGAGGCAAGCGGGACGGCAGCCUCAGCUCCCAGGAUUCCAGAACAGAGAGUGCCAGCCUGUCUCAGAGCCAAGCAGCCAGCUUCUUUGGCAAGGCUGGAAGUGGGAGAGCCCAGCAGGAUCCUCAGCAUCACUCCCAGGCUGGGCUCUCCAAACUCAAUGAGAAGAGAAGGUCCUCAUCCGACAGCCUCCGAGCCAAACCCAAAAGGCCUGGGGUGGUGGAGUCUGUGGAAUAUUCUGACCGAGGGGAUUCUGACAUGGAUGAAGCAACUUACUCCAGCAGCCAGGAGCAACAGCCAGCUAAAAAGGAAUCUUCCUCAGUGCCUCCAGCCAAAAAAUGGAGCUGUAAAAAGGUUACUGGAACCCUUCUUAAACCUGGAGAUAUCUUUGAGGUUGAACUAGCCAAAAAAGAUAACGGCUUGGGAAUAAGUGUCACGGUACUGUUUGACAAGGGUGGUGUCAACACCAGCAUCAGGCAUGGUGGCAUUUAUGUGAAAGCAAUCAUUCCUAAGGGAGCAGCUGAAGCAGAUGGCAGGAUAGAAAAAGGUGACCGUGUCCUCUCUGUCAAUGGCAUCAGCCUGGAAGGUGCUACCCACAAGCAAGCUGUUGAAACCCUGAGGAACACUGGGCAGGUGGUACAUCUGCUGCUGGAAAAAGGUCAGCUGUCAGGAGCCAAGGUUCAUGCUCCAGUGACCCCCCAGUGCACCCCUCCAAGUCACCUGGGGCAGUGUGAUGCACAGGAGAAAGCAGCCACAAGGACAACACACACCAGAGAUUACAGCUUUGUCACUGCAGAGAACACCUUCGAGGUCAGGCUGCUGAAGAACAGCUCAGGCCUUGGCUUCAGUUUCUGCCGUGAGGAUGACCUCGGCCCCGAGCAGCUGGGCUGCACCAUGGUGAGGGUGAAGAAGCUGUUCCCCGGGCAGCCGGCAGCCGAGAGCAGGCAGAUCGAGGUGGGGGACGUCAUCCUGCAGGUCAACGGCGCCCCGCUCAGGGGCCUCUCCCAGCAGGAAGUCAUCUCUGCUCUGAGGGGAACCUCUCCAGAGGUGUCUCUCCUGCUGUGCCGGCCGCCAGCCGGUGUGCUCCCUGACAUCGACCCUUCCUUGCUGACCCCUGUCCAUUCACCCCAACAAGUAUUCCCAGAGGUCAGCAGGGGAGUCUCUGGUCCAGCAAACGGAGAGCAAGGAGACAGCUCCGAUGAGAACGAGGCCACGGAGCUGGGCAGGAAGAGCCUCAAAUCCCCCUCCCGACGAGACAGCUACAGUGACAGCAGCAGGAGUGCUGAUGAGGAGGGGAUGGAGUCUGCAGCACAGGAGGGCCUUGGCUGGAGACCUGCUCUGUACCAGGCUGCAGAUGAAGCUGGGAGCCAGGCACAGGCAGGGCAGGAGGAGGCUGUUCGCACCGUCCUGUACGCCGACCCAGAGGCUGCUGGCAGGGCAGAGCUGGAGGACAGUGAUCUGCUGUUGGAUUUGCCACCCAUCCCAACCUGUAGGACUGUUCCUGAGGUUCCCACAUCUCUUCUGCUAAAGGACUCUUCUGCUGCUCCUGCUGCUGAGCCAGCUCCACCCCUGGCAGGAAUGGAUUCCCUCCUCAGCCAGCUGGAGAAAAGCACUGAGGAAUAUGAGCCAGAGGCUGAGCUCCGAGUCACCAUGACCAAGUCAGAAAAGGGCAGCCUGGGUUUCACAGUCACCAAAGGCAGUGACAGCGUUGGCUGCUACAUCCAUGACAUUGUUCAGGACCCUGCCAAAAGUGAUGGGAGGCUCCAGCCUGGAGACAGACUGAUAAAGGUGAAUGAUGUGGAUGUCACCAACAUGAGCCACACCGAGGCUGUCAGCUUCCUGCGCGCCGCCCCCAGGACCGUCCGGCUGGUGCUGGGCCGGGUGCUGGAGCUCCCCAAGAUGCCAGUCUUGCCCCACCUGCUGCCUGAUAUCACUCUGGUGUGCCACAACGAGGAGCUAGGUUUGUUGUUGUCAGGAGGUCAUGACAGCCUUUACCACGUGGUGUACAUCAGUGACAUUGUCCCCAGCUCUGUUGCUGCCAGAGAGGAGAGUCUCCAUGCACUAGAUAUUAUCCAUUACAUUAAUGGAGUAAGUACCCAGGGGAUGACUCUGAAAGAAGCCAAAAGGAUGCUGGAAACACACCUCCCGAAAGUGGUGCUCAAAGCAACCAGAGACGGCCAAGCAGUGCUUCCAAAAUGCAAGAGCCCUGCUGGCUCUGAGCCCUGGCCAGUCAAAGCUAAUGGCUGCUCCUGUGCUGAUCCCUGGGAUAAAGCAGAGAAGCCAGCUGAUGCCUGUGGGCCCAAGCUCAAUGCCAAUGGCAUCCUCGGAGCUGCUGAGGCAAAGCCAGGCAACAGCAUCCACCACCCCCAGGGGCUGAUGGACCUCUCUGCAUCUGGAGAUGCUCCUUCCCUUGGCUUUCCCAAGCAGGGGUCAGAGUGUUCUAAGCACAGUGACAAAGCAGAAGCAGAGCUUCCAGAUGAUGAGUAUUAUGAUGAGGAUGACCACAAUGAAGUUGUGCAGUAUCUGCUGGAUGUGGUGGAUGAGGAAGCUCAGAACCUCUUGAAUCGUAGCAGUGAGACUUCAGAGGAUCAGAAUCUUCUCCAGCUCCAGAAGGCUGCAUCCAGAGACCCCCUGCCAGCAGAGAUGAAUGGCAAGCUGGCAGAAGAUAAGUCUGAAGACACAGACUGUGAUGGAUCAUCUCUGCCUGAAGACCUUUCUGAGGCAACUCAUGAAAAUGGUUGUGAGGACUGCUGUGAAGGGACAGCCAUGCCAGAAAGAUCUCCUCCAGCAGCUCCCUUGAGCCCAGCAGAUGAAGAUGAAAUCACGUGGGGAAGCGAGGAGCUGCCGAUGGAAUCGGUCAGCCAGGAGCCUCUCCAUAAAGAUUGCCCUUCAGUGCCAGAUGAAGAGAUCUCUGCCCUCCCUGCUGUGAAUGUGCUGCCUGGAGGCAAGUACUCAGGAGCCAAACUGAAGUCAGUGAUCAGGAUGCUGCGUGGAUUGCUGGAACAGGGAGUCCCUUCUAAAGAGAUUGAAAACCUGCAGGAGUUAAAACCUCUGGAUCAGUGCUUGAUUGGCCAAGCAAAGGAGAACAGGAAAAAGAACAGAUAUAAAAACAUUCUUCCUUAUGACAGCACCAGGGUGCCCCUGGGGCUGGAGGGAGGCUACAUCAACGCCAGCUUCAUUCGCAUGCCUGUGGGGGACGAGGAGUUCGUCUACAUCGCCUGCCAGGGGCCCCUGCCCAGCACGGUGGCAGACUUCUGGCAGAUGGUCUGGGAGCAGCAGUGCAGUGUGAUUGCCAUGAUGACUCAGGAGGUGGAAGGAGAGAAGAUCAAGUGCCAGCGCUACUGGCCGGACGUGCUGCACAGCAGCACCAUUGUCAGCGACAGGCUGCGCCUGGCCCUGCUCAGGCUGCAGCACCUGAAGGGCUUCACCAUCAGAGUGCUGCGGCUGGAGGAGAUCCAGACAGGGGAAGUGAGGCACAUUUCCCACCUCAACUUCACUGCCUGGCCUGACCACGACACCCCCUCGCAGCCUGAGGAGCUGCUGACCUUCAUCUCCUACAUGAGACACCUGCACAGGGCAGGGCCCAUCGUCACCCACUGCAGCGCCGGCAUCGGCCGCUCCGGCACCCUCAUCUGCAUCGACGUCAUCCUGGGCUUGAUCAGCAGGGACCUGGAGUUUGACAUCUCGGACCUGGUGCGAACCAUGCGCCUGCAGAGACAUGGGAUGGUGCAGACAGAGGAUCAGUACAUUUUCUGCUAUCAAGUUGUCCUUUAUGUCCUAAAUCACCUCCAACAAGAAGAGCAGCAGAAGGCCACAUAG